AUGGCGCCGCACCUCCAGGACGACGUCUUGCACCUCAGCCUCAGCAAGCCUGAAGAGUUUUGGUCGGCGCAGGCCGAGCACCUCUCGUGGCAUACCAAGCCGACCGCCGCCCUUCGACGGACCCAUCGCGUCCUCGGUCAUGGCAACGCCGACGACUCUGCCACCUCCCACGAAAGCUGGGAGUGGUUCCCCGGCGGCGAGAUUUCGACCUGCUACAACUGCGUCGACAGACACGUCGAGGCAGGUCACGGGGACGAGGUCGCCCUCUACUACGACAGCCCCGUGACCGGGACCAAGGACCGUUACAGCUACAGCCGCCUGCUCGACCAAGUCACCGUUCUCGCCGGUGCCCUGAGGGAAGAGGGCGUCCGGAAGGGCGAUGUUGUCAUGCUCUACAUGCCCAUGAUCCCUGCUGCCAUCGUCGGCAUCCUCGCCGUCAACCGCCUCGGCGCCAUCCACUCCAUCGUCUUCGGCGGCUUCGCUCCAAACGCCCUCGCCCAGCGCAUCGACGCCUGCCGGCCUGCCGUCCUGCUCACCGCCUCGUGCGGAAUCGACGGCGCCAAGCCCCCCAUCGCCUACCGCCCGCUCGUCGAAGAGGCCAUCUCCUUGGCCAGCCACAAACCGCCGCGCACAAUCGUCUGGCAGCGCGACCAGAUCCGCUGGGCACCCAUCAACCGUCGCCAAGGGCAGGCGACGUGGCAAAAGGUCGUGAGGAGCGCCAAGGCGAGGGGUAUGACGGCCGAGUGCGUGCCCGUCGCGAGCGGCGACCCCGUCUACAUCAUCCACACCUCUGGCACCACGGGCGCUCCCAAGGGAGUCCUGCGGGAGGCCGGCGGACACGCCGUCGGCUUGAACCUGUCCAUCAGCUACCUGUUCAACAUCCACGGGCCGGGCGAUGUCGCCUUUACCGCCUCGGACAUCGGUUGGGUCGUCGGCCACUCGUACAUCGUAUACGCGCCGCUCCUGGCGGGCGCCGCCACGGUGCUGUACGAGGGCAAGCCCGUCGGCACCCCUGACGCGUCCGCCUUCUGGCGCGUCGUCGAGGAGUACAAGGUCAACACCAUGUUCACGGCCCCGACGGCCCUGCGAGCCAUCAAGCGGGACGACCCGGAAAGCGAGUUCCUCUCCCGCGUCGGCGACAGGGGUGGCCUGCGCUCCCUCAGGGCCCUCUUCCUCGCCGGCGAGCGGUCCGAGCCGACGCUCGUCUCCCUCUACCAAGAACUGCUCGGCAAGUACGGCGCCCCGUCGGCCCACGUCAUCGACAACUGGUGGUCCACCGAAGCCGGCUCCCCGAUCACCGGCCGGGCCCUCGUCCCCCACGCCGGACACGACCGGAGGACGACGAGACGGGACCAUCCACCACCGGAGAUCAAGCCCGGCAGUGCGGGCAAGCCGAUGCCCGGUUUCGACGUGCGAAUCGUCGACGACGCCGGCGCCGAGGUCGCACGGGGAACCAUGGGGAACAUCGUCCUCGGCAUGCCGUUGGCCCCUACCGGUUUCCGCACCCUGUGGCAGGACGAGGAGAGAUUCUACAAGGGGUACCUGAAGAGGUUCAACGGAAAGUGGCUGGACACGGGCGAUUCUGGUUGGAUCGACAACGAAGGUUACGUGCACGUCAUGAGCCGCAACGACGACGUGCUCAACGUCAGCGCCCACCGGCUGUCGAGCGGCGGCAUCGAGCAAGCCGUCGCAUCGCACCCUCUCGUCGCCGAGUGCUGCGUCGUCGGCAUACCCGAUGCUCUCAAGGGACAGCGUCCGUUCGCCUUUGUUACGCUCUCGACGGCCGACCACCCGACGUCGGCGAUUCCGUCGGACGAGGUGGCCUCGGAGAUCCAGGCGCUCGUGCGCAAGCAUGUGGGCGCCAUCGCCUCGCUCGGUGGCAUCAUCCAGGGCAAGGGCAUGAUCCCCAAGACGCGGUCGGGCAAGACGCUGCGGCGCGUGCUCCGCGAACUCGUCGAGAAUGCGGUGCAUGGUGAGUUCGACAAGCAGGUGGCGGUGCCGAGCACGGUCGAGGAUGCCGCCGUCGUCGAGGUAGCGAGGGCCAAGGUGAGGGAGUACUUUCGGAGCCACGGGGAAAAGCACGAGGCUGUCGAGGAGAGGGUCCAGGCCAAGCUGUGA